AUGUGCGCUGGUGGUAUAUUGACGGAAAAAGACGAAAGCGGACAUUGGGUCGGCAGUCGCAGGCGAGUUUCGGCUCCACAACGCCCCGUCUACUUACAGACACACGAGCAUCUUCAAUUGCAUGUCGCACCUACUUCUCUCCGCCAUCGCUGUGGCCUCGCCCGAAUCGCAUAA